GUUGUCAUGUGACGGGGGUGUUUGAUUCCGAGUUUUAUUAUUUCAAUUUUGUCAUGGAGACAGAUACGGAAGUUGCACCAUUGGUAAAAUACUAUGAAAAGAUUGCAAGGCACCUGCAGGAGCGGCCGGCCGUGGCGGAAAAGGAGGCGGCCACUCUGCUGAAGCGCGCCUGUGCGCACGCGCAGCACCGUGAUGUGGACCUGAGUCGGACGGCGCUGACCGUGCUCGGCGUGCUGCUGCACCGGCGCGCGCCGCCGGCCGAGCUGGCCACCGAGGUGUCCGGCUGGCUGCUGCCGCUGCUGCACCAGCUGCUGCGCCAGCCGGCUGUGGAGGCGCGCCGGCCGCUGGUGCGCGCGCUCUGGUGUCUGGAGGCGCUGGUGGGGGCCGGCCACCUGCCCGAGGAGCGGCCCGAGCCGCUGGCGCAGCUGGUGCGCACGCUGCUGCGCGCCGGCAUGCCCAGCGCCGUGCAGAUCCGCGCCGUAACGCUGGUGCGCCGGGUGGCGGGCUCGCCGGCCGCCGGCCCGACAGCACUCGUGCCGCUGGUGCGCCUGCUCUGGCCCGUCCUGCUGCGCUCCACCAUGCCGGCCGUGGCCACCGAGGCCGAAGAGACGGUGCGCGCGUGUAUGGCGGUGGCCGGCGUGCAGGCCGCGUUCACGGGCGAGCUGCUGGCUAUGGCCACCUCGGGCGGCUACCUGGCUCAGCUGCAGGAGGCGGUGACCCGGCCCGAGUGCGGCGCGCAGGCGCUGACCGCCUGGGCGCUGCUGGUCGACUGUCUGGGCGCCAGACUGCAGAGCACGGCGCUCAUCAACCAGGUGCUGCAGGUGAUCCAGGCGCCGUUCCGCAGCAACAACAACGAGCUGCGACGGCGCAGCUUCGUCGCCUGGCGCUCAAUGGUGAACAAUUUCCUGGCGUCGGGCCGGCUGCACGAGAACCCCAAGCGUCUGAAGCUGCUGAUCACUCCACUGACGCAGGGUAACACGGGCCGGCCGGCGGUGGCGGUGGAAAAGUUCCGCGUCUGGUGGACGCUGCUGGCCGGCCUCGGGCCGCACCUCAGUGCCACCUUCGACACUACCACAGAGCCCUUCCUGCGCUUCUGCUUUGUGCCGGCCGAUAAGGGCCUGGCCAACGGCGGGGGCGGCGGCGCGCGCGACCGUGUGGGCGGCGUGGUGCUGCAGCUGGCCGAUGCGCGGCCGCUGGCGCGCGCCGCCCUCAUACAGCUGCUCUCGCCGGGCUGCCGCCAGUUCGCCGCGGAGUCGGUGGCGGCCCGCGAGCACGAGGCAGUGACUGGUGCGGUGUUCGCGCGCCACGCGGCGCUGCUGGCCGACUCGGCGGCUGCCUGUCUGCUGCGCGCGCCCGCCGACGGCCUGGCGGAGGUACUGUUGGAGCCGCUGCUCGACUGGACCACACGCCACCUGGAGUCGCAGGCGUCACUGGGUCUGACCCGCGAGCAGGGCCUGCCGGUGACGGCGGUGCUGCGAGCGCUGGACACCCUGCUGGCCGCGCAGCUGGAGUCGCCUGUGGCUGAACAGGUGGUGAUCGUGGCCGAUCGUCUGGUGGCCCGCCUGCCGGAGAGGUUCGUCUGGUCCUCGUUGCACCAGAUGGAGGGCGCCGGCGGGCCGCCCGCGCUCUUCCUGCUGCGCUCGCUGGGCCGGCGGCCGAGCGGCGAGCCGUCCGGCGGCGCCGCGCUCUCACGGCUGGUGCGCGCGCUGGGCGCGGACGCGCUGCGCCGGCUACCCGAGCUGGUGGCGUUGCUGAGCGGCGCGGAGCUGGCCGAGGAGCUGCGCCCGCUGGUCUGGCACGACACGGCGGAGACGCUGCUGGAACAUAUCGAGAAGACUCAGGAGGUGGACAGCGGUGACGCGCUGGGCCACGACUUUGGCCCGGUGUCUGCGCUGCUGGCGGCCCCGCUCAGCUGGCCGCCGCCGGCCGCCGGCCCCCACCUGCACACCUGGUCGCGGCUGUACUGCGCGGCGCGCGUGGCCGCUGAACUGGUGGCCACGGCGCCGCCGAACGCUCUGGCCGCGGAGGUGGCCGGCCGGCUGCGCGCGGCGGCGCCCCUCGCGGUGCCGGCGGCAGCGCACUGUCUGAGGGUGAUGGCCGAGACCGCCCUGCUCAAAGAGACGGACGGAGCGCCGCGCUCCGGCACUGGCUCGCCCCUGAAGCGCCGCGGCCCGUCUCCGUCGGACGCGUCAGCGGCCGUCCUGGAGGCCACCGUGCCGCAGCUGGCGCCGCUGCUGCUGCUGCUGGCCGACCUCUGCUCCCAGCUGGAGGAGCACGCCACGCCCGAGGCUGUCGCCGACCUGGCCGAGAGCGUGCGCCGGCUGUCGGGCGCGCACGUCGCGGCGGCGCCGGCCACCGCCGUUCUGGUACAGACGCUGGGAGCGGCCACUGCGAGCUUGCUGCAGGUGGCGGCGCCGAACUCACCCGUCCGAAACAAGGUGCUGUCGGCGUACGAGGCGGUGGUCGGUCUGGUGCGCCAGCGGCUCUCGGAGCUGUCGCCGACGGCCGUGCUGGCGCAGCUGGCUCCGCUGCUGGAGGCGGCGCCGGCGGCCGAGCCCAGCCGCCGGCUGUGGCACGCCGUGCUGGCGCCGCGCCGGCCCGCCGUGCCCGAGCACCUGGCGCCGCUACUGCCGCGCCGCCGGCUGAUGGAGGCGCUCUCGGCCGAGAAGGAGCGCCGGCAGCGGGCGGCCGCCAGCCCCAACAAGACGGCCAUGUCGCCGGGCCGGCCGCCGCCGCCGGCUGCGCCGCCGUCCCCGGCCCGCGGCGGUAAGGAGGACACGUUCGUGGUGAUCCCGCCGUCCCCGGCCGGACCGCGGCCGCUGACCGAGCAUCAGCGCGAGGUGCGCGCCGCGCCGCGCGACUCGAUCCCGGCGCUUCGGAGGAGCUGCCCCGCCGGGCUCCGCGGCGCGUACGGCCCAGAAGGCUGCGGCAGUCGCUGCCGGGGCCGGCGGGCGCGGCGGCGACGGGGCCCGCCGGCGCAGUCGCCACCAGUGGACUGA